UGACUGCCGGUGCUGCGCAGUCAUUCAGAAGUGCAACUCGAAGCGACAACUUCGCAGAGACUUUACGAGCGAGUUUCGAACGACAUAUUUCAUACUCUACGAACGACCGAAAGCGAUUAUUUCAUCUGUCUGUGAUUUGUGAUUCGCAGCGAACGUUUUUGGAGAUCGAACACCAUUUAAGAUGGCGUUAGUAUCGAGGAACCUUUUCCGCAAUUGGUGGGAAGACAUGGAUCGUUAUCACCGUGAUCUCGAAGAGCAUUUCAAACGCCUGAGCAGCAGAGACAAUUUCUUUGAUGCACCACCACUUCCGUCCUUCAACGAAUAUUUCCGACCAUGGAGGGACAUGAUGCGCGACCUCGAGCAUCAGGUUGGCGGAGCGACGCAGACGGUUGAGAGAGGCCAGGAUAAAUUCCAGGUAAUCGUCGACGUGCAACAAUUUGCCCCUGAAGAGAUCGUCGUCAAGACCGACGACAAAUGCAUCACCAUCGAAGGCAAGCACGAAGAGAAGAAAGACGAGCACGGCUACAUAUCGAGGCAGUUUGUACGUCGAUACAUGCUGCCGCAAGGAUACGACAUCGGCCACGUGAAGCCAAGCUUAUCAUCCGAUGGUGUCCUCACGAUUACAGCACCUAGACUCGCUUUACCCGCACCCGGCGAAAGAAUCGUGCCCAUCACGCGCAGCAGCGCACCAGCCAUCCGAGCAUAAAUGAUGUACAGCCGUCGAUUCACCUAUCUCGCAGUAGAACCUUUCCUAUCCGAAUUAAUUGGAAAAUUCGAAUGUACGGAUAAGCAAAUUUUCCAUCGUUGAAAUAUCUGUCGAAUCGUUUUCUUUUCAACGAUAGAAAAAUUUGCUUUCCUUAUAGGACUUUACAUAAAUAUUCUCGAAGAAUUUGUAAUCCUUGUUGGAUUCCGGUGAAUCGAAAAUCGAAGAAGAUUCCAUGAUUUUGUUCUACAAGUCUUUGGUUUCCUUACUAUGUAAUAUUUUUCGUUAAUAAAAUGUUCAUAAAUAAUGAUUGCCGCAACUGUUUGAAAUGUGAUUAAUCUUGUCAUUGUAACUAAAGUCUGAACAAAACGAAUCUUAUGUUUUUUGUACCGAAAAGUGCAGCGCACAACUGUUAUAUAAGAGCACUUAUUGUAACACAGUAUGAUUUAGUAUAGCAAAUAGAAUGCAUAAUCUAUUCAAAUUCACUUACGAAGAUAUUGUGUUCGACUGUAACUACGAUAUAGUGUACGCGCUACUGUGCUUUUUGUUAACUUUUUCAAAUAAAUGUUAAAUAAUCAGAA